AUGUCUAUAACAACUGAAUCUUUAAAAGCAAUCAUUGAGGAGAGGCUCGAAGCCACUUUGGUUCAAGUUGAAGACAUGUCCGGUGGUUGCGGACAAGCUUUUGCCGUCAUUAUUGUGUCUCCAAAGUUUACUGGAAAGAACAAAUUAAUGAGACACAGAUUAGUCAACAAUAGUUUGAAAGAAGAGAUUGCAUCCAUUCAUGCGUUCACACAAAAGGGAUAUACUCCAGAGGAAUGGAAGGCUCAAGGUGGUCAGUAA